AUGGCACUGGAUAUUUACAGUUUAUUGUUUGUUUAUAAUUUCAGCCGUGAAGACUUUCUACAUAUUCCAGAACUGGCUAUUAACCCACUAGGGGAUAGGAUAGUUGAUGCAUUUUUUAUGAGUGAAACCGAUGUGAAUGGACAUGUUGACUGUAAUUUCAAACAGUUUGCAAGAACCCUGGCUCAUUUUCGACCUAUUGAUCCAAACACGGCAAACCCAUUAAACUCAAGAGAAGAAAAGCUAAAAUUUACUUUCAGAAUAUAUGACAUUGAUGGUGAUGGAAAAAUCUCUAAAGAUAAUCUCAUGUCUAUUUUGCACAUGAUGGUUGGUGUUAGUAUAAGUGAUGACCAACUAGGCUGCAUAGCUGAUAGGGCAAUAAUGGAUGCAGGUUGUGCUCAAGAACAGAUGAUUUCCUUUGAAGACCUUAAAAAGGUGAUGAAGAAUGUGGAUCUCAGUGCAAAGAUGAGCAUCAGAUUCUUAGCUUAAUACACUGUCACUGUUAAUUCAAAGAUUAUCAGCCCAACCAGGCAGAACACUUUUACCUGUGAUCUCUUGAGAGAAAAACAGUACAAAGUAAAAAAAAAAAAAAAAACA